AGGUCCGGCGCCCACAUCCACACCACCGGUGCUCCAUCUCCCACCAUGAACCACAACUCCCAGCACUUCUUCUCCGGCGCCCACAACGGCGUCCCCCCGACCUAUGAGAUGCUCAAGGAGGAGCACGAGGUGGCUGUACUCGGGGCGCCCCAGAGCUCGGCUCCCAUGACGACCACUGUGAUCAACAUCCGUAGUGAGACAGCCGUGCCCGACCACAUCGUCUGGUCCCUGUUCAACACCAUCUUCAUGAACUGGUGCUGCCUGGGCUUCGUGGCCUUCGCCUACUCCGUGAAGUCCAGGGACCAGAAGAUGGUGGGUGACAUGACUGGGGCCCAGACUUAUGCCUCCACCGCCAAUUGUCUGAACAUCUGGGCCCUGGUCCUGGGCCUCCUUCUGACCACUGGAUCCAUUGUUCUUCUGGUGUUUGUCUACGCUACAGUCUACAGUGUAUUUUUAAAGUCUAUGCAGGAGAACAAUGGGUACCACUAGGUGCUCAUGGCAGGA